UAAUUAGCGGUCGCCUAGCAACACUUUAAACAACCUGCUGUAGGGGGAAGCUAAAGAGCUACCUGUUAGCUUAGUAACAUAACAGUUACAGUUUGAAUGUUCACAAACUGUCCAGAAUCAAAUGUCGCCUUAAGAAAAAUGGACCGAGAACUGAACGAGGAAGAACUGCAGGAUUUGUACGCAUGGAUAGACAAAAUACCUCUGUCCCGGCCCAAAAGACACAUCACAAGAGACUUCAGCGACGGAGUGAUGGCUGCAGAGCUUGUAAAAUAUUUCUUCCCAAAACUUGUUGACCUGCACAACUAUAUUCCUGCAAACUCCACGCCGCAGAAGCUCAGUAACUGGAACUUACUCAACAGGAAGGUGUUUUCUAAGCUGAACUUUCAUGUGCCUGAGGAGACAGUGAGGAAGAUUGUACUGAGCACUGCAGGAGUGAUAGAGCCUGUACUGAGAGCCCUUAGAGAGAAGAUACAAAAGAAACUGGAGCACCCAACAGAGAAUAUACUGAUCCAGGAUUUGGAAUACUAUGACACCAGGGAGCAGGAGAAACCUCAUAAAGAAAUUCAGCAGACAGAAGCGAAACGUUUGGCUCAGCUUGCAGAAGAGAUGAAAAAAGAUGAAAAGAGCAGACUAAAAAAUGGUAAACUGCAGCACACGGUGCAGUUUUACACAGACAUGGACCCUACUUUGCGACUAAUCCUGCAGGAAAAAGAGCAAGCUGUCUUAGCUUUGCAGGAGACUGUAGAGAUCCUACAGAUGAAGGUGAACAGAUUAGAGCAUCUUGUUCACUUGAAGGACAUGCGAAUUGAAGAUCUGACGCGACAUCUGGAGACGUACAAAACAAAAGUCGAGGCAAACGAUCAGGAUCCAUAAAAACUUCUGAGAUUGUUGUCCUGCCAGCUCAAACGCAUCACACCUGUGGGAUUACAGAUGUGUUAUGUUGUCUUGUAUCCUUACUAAAAUGUGUCCAUGUGACAGAAAAGCCAGGGUUUGAUUAUUUUGCUUCCUUUUAAAACUAGUUACACCACUCACAAUGGUGAAAAGCAGGGAUAAGUAAUGCGUAACCAUCAUGUUAACAUGAAAAGUGAACAUAUUCUAAUUUGACAGUGAAAUGCUUUUAAUAUCUUGACACUUGUUAAUAUUAUGUUUUAACAGGGCCAGUGCAACAGUUGUCUUCUCUAAAAUAGAACUAUUUUUGCAUACCUGCAGAUACUGUACACUAUGUCCCUGUGUUUAAAUCCUAUCUAAGGACAUUCUGCUGUAAAUGGUUUGUCAGCCUGUUUUGUGAGGAUUUGAGGUGUUAGUUUAAUAUGGCCCUUUCUUUCUGAGGAUUGUGUAGGAUGUGUUUUUCAUAGUGUUUGUAUCCGCAGCCUUCCUUGAUCUAUUGUAUCUUUACUCAGCCCAUGACUUCUGACUGCCACUGUAAGUGCUCAAUAAAUCAACUAUCUACUUUAA